UUUGACUAAACACUGAUCAAUUGAGAAACAGUGUUCAUCAGUUGGAUGUCUGGAAAAACAUGUACUUCCAUAAAAAAUCUUUAUUUCCAAUUAUAGUUGUGAUUUUGAUCUUGCAAAUAUGCCCAUCAUAUUCAUCUCAAUCAUCCGAACCAAUAAGGGAUAUAAUCAACCGUUUAGAUUCUCAACGAUCAUCUCCAACAGUCCAGCAAAAUGCAGCUAAAUCCCUUCUUCAGAGAUUGUUGCCUUCUCACUCUUCCAACUUCAUUUUCAAAAUCAUUUCAAAGGAUGUUUGUGAUGGCAACAGUUGCUUCUGGGUCGAAAAUUACAACAAGUCGACCAGGCAUGGGCCACAGAUACUGAUAAAGGGCACUACAGCAGUGGAAAUAGCCUCUGGCCUUCACUGGUACUUGAAGUAUUUCUGUGGGGCACAUGUUUCAUGGGACAAGACUGGAGGUGCUCAAAUAACUUCUAUCCCAGAGCCGGAAUCACUUCCUUUUGUUAAAGAUGAGGGUUUGGUUAUGAAACGUCCAGUUCCAUGGAAUUACUAUCAAAAUGUUGUUACUUCAAGCUAUUCCUAUGUUUGGUGGGAUUGGAAAAGAUGGGAGAAAGAGAUUGAUUGGAUGGCUCUUCAAGGAAUCAACUUGCCUUUAGCUUUUACUGGGCAAGAAGCCAUUUGGCAGAAAGUCUUUGCGGACUUCAACGUCAGUAAAGAAGAUCUGAAUGAUUUUUUCGGUGGACCUGCUUUCCUUGCAUGGGCACGCAUGGGAAACUUGCACGGCUGGGGUGGACCAUUGCCACAAAGUUGGUUAGACCAGCAAUUGGCGUUACAGAAGCAGAUAUUAUCUCGUAUGUUGGAGCUAGGAAUGACCCCAGUCUUGCCUUCAUUCUCUGGAAAUGUACCUGCAGCUCUGAGAAAAAUUUUCCCUUCAUCAAAUAUAACCAGGCUGGGAAAUUGGAAUACUGUUAGUGGUGACUCCAGAUGGUGUUGUACUUUUCUUUUGGAUCCUUCUGAUCCAUUAUUUGUUAAGCUUGGAGAGGCCUUUAUUAAGCAGCAGAUUAAAGAAUACGGAGACGUGACUGACAUAUACAACUGUGACACAUUCAAUGAAAACUCUCCACCCACUGAUGAUCCAACAUAUAUAUCAUCACUUGGGGCUGCUGUUUAUAAAGCAAUGACUAAGGGUGAUAAGUAUGCUGUGUGGCUUAUGCAGGGAUGGCUCUUCUAUUCAGAUUCUGAAUUUUGGAAGCCGCCUCAAAUGAAAGCUCUUCUUCAUUCCGUUCCCAAAGGAAAGAUGGUAGUUCUUGAUCUAUUCGCUGAUGUUAAACCCAUAUGGGAAACAUCAUCCCAAUUUUAUGGCACUCCUUACAUCUGGUGCAUGCUUCACAACUUUGGUGGAAAUAUUGAAAUGUAUGGCGUAUUGGAUUCAAUAUCCUCAGGGCCGGUCGAUGCUCGAAUUAGUAAAUUUUCAACAAUGGUUGGAGUUGGUAUGUGCAUGGAAGGAAUAGAGCAUAAUCCAGUUGUCUAUGAGCUCAUGUCUGAAAUGGCUUAUCGAAGCGAAAAGGUUCAACUUCUGGAAUGGGUUAAAACUUACUCUCAUAGGCGCUAUGGUAAAGCCAUUCAUCAGCUAGAGAGAGCUUGGGAAAUUCUUUACCACACUAUUUACAACUGCACAGAUGGAAUCGCGAAUCACAACAAGGACUAUAUCGUUGAGUUUCCUGACUGGGAUCCUGUAAACAACAUAACACUGGAUGUAACCAGAAAACUUAAGAAGGACAAUCUUUUCAUCUUACACAGAAGUACGAGGCAUAUUUUGCUUGAGUCGAGGCCUUCCCUGCCAUUGCCGCAUUUGUGGUAUUCAACUCAGGAAGUUAUCAAGGCUUUAAGUCUGUUUCUUGAUGCUGGAAAGGAUCUUGUCGGAAGUGUUACUUUUAGGUACGAUAUGGUUGAUUUGACUCGGCAAGCACUUUCAAAGCUAGCAAAUGAUGCAUACUUGAAAGCGAUGACUGCUUUUCAGCUCAAAGAUUUGAAAGCAUUGGAUUUUCAUAGCCAGAAGUUCAUCAAGUUAAUCAAAGACAUCGACGAAGUCCUUGCUUCUGAUGAUAAUUUUCUACUUGGGACUUGGCUCAGUAGUGCAAAAAAGCUGGCUUCGAAUCCGAAGGAGAUGAGGCUGUAUGAGUGGAAUGCGAGGACUCAAAUCACAAUGUGGUUCGACACAACAGAAACCAACCAGAGCAAGCUCCAUGAUUAUGCAAACAAAUUCUGGAGCGGGCUGCUAGAAGACUACUAUCUUCCUCGUGCAACGCUCUAUUUCAACCAUCUCAGAAAAGCCUUGAGGAAUAAUGAGACUUUCAAGAUUAAUGACUGGAGAAGGGAGUGGAUAUCUUAUUCAACUGAAUGGCAAUCUGAUACUAAGAUCUAUCCCGUUAAGGCUCAAGGAGACGCACUCUUUAUAGCCAAGAAAAUGUAUGAAAGAUACUUAAGCUAGGACUUCAGUCUGUUAACUACUUUUGGCUGAGCAUUUGUUGUGUCUGAUACCCCAUUGCUUCAGAGCAUUAAGCGAGGGGGUAGCGCGUAGCGAAUUAAUUGUAUUUAUUUUCCGUGAGCUUUGUAUGCCAAUGUAAAUUGCUAAAUUGUACUGUUGUAUGAAUAUGCAUUGAGAUAAAUUAAUAACUAUUUACAAUCUAACAAUUGUUUCUAUA